CCACUGGCUAGAUUAUCCCUACCAGGUUGAGUCGUGGUGGAUUGGGGAUAUAUAUAUAGCAGGAGGUCCACAUCUAUGGUUCGCUGUUAAUUCGUCGUGAAUGUGAAUCAUUGAGUUAAGCAUUUUUAGCGGCAUCAAAAGGAGAAAAGACGCUAUUAGUUUUGUGUGAAAUGUCUGUCUGUCCGUCCGUCUGUCCGUCGUCCCAUUUAUAUCUCGUAAACUAGAAAAGAUAGUGAAAAUCCGACAUCAUAAUAUGUUAGUCCUCACAAUUUGCCAAACCCAGGACCACUCGAUGCAGAAUAGUUACCAAGUGUUGAAAAAGGAACUGCACGGGCACAACGCGGCAACAUUCCGAAAGAUGUACUACGAGAAUGCACCAUCUAGUCAGGUACAUCUGCAGACAACCGUCAACUCAGAAUACGACUUCUUUAAUAAAAGGCUCGUUUUCGAGAAUGUGGAGAGCACAUAUGAAAGUCCGAAGAACUUCAUCGUGAUAGGCAACUUUAUCAACAAAUGUGAACCUCGGCUACAGUCCUUUAUAAAGGAAAAUAACCCAAAGGCAAUGUGGUGGGACGCCAGGGAAGACAUCCAAUCAGCAAAAAAUUCAAUUUUUCAAGGCGCAACGCCAACUGGUGUGCUCCAUGGCGUGGAGCGAAAUAUCGUGUACAAGGUCAGGGUUCAAGGCUACGGCAUUGGAGGCCAUGGAAGAAAGAGUCCACCAGCUUACUUUACACUAGGUAAAGGCAACACUAUAUACUUGAGACAAGCAAAAUCUACAAAAUCCUUGAAAAACAAACAAAGCUUUUCUAAUGGGAAAGAACUCCGACCUUUAACUAUAUUUUCAAUAAGGUACACGUUUUUUUUUUCUCUUGACGAUAUCAAAUAACAAAAUUACCAAUAAUUAAUGAAUAAUUGAGUAUUUUUGUUUAUUGAUUCAUGUUUAGUUAGUUGCAAUAAAUAAUUGUUUAAAGUAUCUACUUCAUUUGAGAAUGCGGGGAGGAAGAAAAAGCUUUAAAAAUUGUUUAAGAAGAUUAAAUUGAUUAAACCAAACAAAUACUGAUAGAUUAGUUUCUAUGGUUGCUCUUGCACAAAUUAAUGAAUACCAGUAAUUAAUUAAAUCAUUGGUUACAUUCUAUUUCAAUUGAUUCUUGUCUUGUCUAUGUCAGUGAAUAAUUGUGCAAAGUUUCAACUAGACACAAGAAUAGGUGCGGGAGAAAUAACGUGUACACACUAUUUUACAAGACAGUGAUUUAACAUUUGUUUCGUAAACAAAAAAAAAUGCUUCAAUGGGCCUCAUUCACCAAUCGUCAACAAACAAAAUUUAGUCACAUGGUAAUUUUGAUAAAACAACAAAAAAAAACUGUCACGUGAUAGCCAUUGUGUAUUUAAAUCAGAUCGUAAUCUGUAUAGAAGAGAUAGAAAACCUAGUGGGCUAAAUUUUGUUUGUUUACGAUUGGUGAAUGAUGUCCAAUGUGGCUAGAGUGGAAAAUAAUUGCUGAAACUAUUUUAUUUUUUUAAAUCCAUCUGGUUACCUCCCUUACAAAUUCUCUUUUUGAAUGAAAGCACUUGACUUUAAAAUUUCUUGGCAUUAUUUCUACAGUACCAAUUUCUAGGUCUUCAGUUUAGAGAGCAAUCUUUUGUUUCAAUAGCUUUAGAAAUGUGAUGAUCUAAUUAUGUUAACGUCGCGUGUAAGUCUAUUACUAUGGUUUUUCAAAAGGAUCUAUUUUAUUCAAUCCAGAGAAGAAAGAUAUCAUGAACUUUUCUCUGCCGUUGAAAUCAACUUCUUUUUGUUACUGUUGACAUCUGUCAUUUGUGCCAUGAGAUUCAUAUGUCAUUUUUUUAUUGUUUAUGUUUUGUCAUGAGCAAUAUUUUAAUUGACUUUUAAAAAGUCAACCGUUUUUAUACUUUGGCCGCCAUGUUUGUUUUAUAUGAAUAUGAAUUCCAUGAGAUGAUUUAGGCAGAAAUAUAUGUUUUUUAAAAUAAAAAAUUGUCAUACAUUCUCGAGUUUUGUACAUAACAUAUGUGAAUGUAUAUAUUUUCAAAUUAAUUUUAAGUACCUAUCAUGACUCAAAAUGUAAAGUGUUUUUGGCUUACUGAAACCCAUAAGAUUCCAUUAAAAAAAGGUAACCAUUUCAAACCUCUCGGUCUAUGUGGGCUGAUGAUGAAAAACGAAUCUAUUUCUUAGACCAAGAGUUAUCUAAAAGUCAUGUGCCCAGAUCAGCUAUCUA